GGCCACUCCAUGGUGAAACAAUUGUACACAAGUGGAUUUCAGAAAAUGCAGGAUUAAAUAUAACAGCUCAGUUUACUGCAUAUCCACCACCAUCAGUCACAUGGGUAUUUAAACGUGAAGGGAUGAAUAAAAAUGAAACGGUUCCAGUGAAAAACUACACUACAAUGAAUGUAAAUGAAAGUUUGAUCCAGUCAACAUUUGUUAACAACAAAAUUUCUCUGUCCGAAUAUGGAAACUAUACCGCUAUAGCCAUUGGAGAGAAAACAGCCAUGAUAACAUUCAUUAUAAGACCACAACGAAAGCCAUUUGCCCCUAAAGAUGUUCGUGUUACUUGUGAAAUACAUAGUGCCAACGUUAUUUGGACCAGCAAUUUGAAUGGUGGCUCGACGCAGAAUUUCAGCAUCAAAUAUAAGUCCUUAAAUGACAGGAAUUAUCAAGAAUACAAGAAGGUCGCAUUAGACCAAGGAAAGGGUCACAAGAUGAAUGUAACUGUCGACAAUCUAAUGCAAGCUUCAGAGUAUGUAUUUGUAGUCAUUGCAAGGAAUAAUUUUGGUGCUACUGAUUCUACAGAGAUGCCAAAUUGCACAACAGGAUACAUUCAAACAUCAGUUCAAAAGCCAAAUAUAGGAGGAAUCAUUGGUGGAACAGUUGGGGGCAUCUUUUGUAUUAUUCUGGUUUUGAUUUUCAUAGCAAUUAAUAGAAAAUACCAGAUAAACUGUGUAGUUUCAGAACGAAAUCCAAACCUAAGGUAAGAUGAAGAAUUUUGAAAAAAGAAAGUAACUGUAUCAUUAAUAAGCCCAUUUA